AGAGUCGCCCUCACCGUCACGGCCGGCGCCCCUUCAGGAUUCAUUCAUUCUCUCUCGCUCUCGCUCUUUUUUUUUUCAUUCACGGAGCUAGCAAGGCCCAGUCGAGAGCCAUGGAUCACACUGUCCCGGCCGCCGGCUUCCUGUACUGGGUGGGCGCGGGCACCGUGGCCUACCUGGCCCUGCGCAUCUCCUACUCAAUCUUCAUGGCCAUUAAGGUCUGGGGCUUAGGUAACGAGACCGGGGUCGGACCGGGGCUCGGCGAAUGGGCAGUUGUCACAGGGAGCACUGAUGGGAUCGGAAAGUCAUAUGCAGAAGAGAUGGCCAAACGAGGAAUGAAAGUUGUCCUUAUCAGCAGAUCACAGGAUAAACUGAAUCAAGUUUCCAGUGAAAUACGAGAAAAAUUCAAAGUGGAAACAAAAACUAUUGCUGUUGACUUUGGAUCACAAGAUAUUUAUGAGAAAAUUAAAGCCAGCUUGGAAGGUCUUCAGAUUGGCGUUUUAGUGAACAACGUAGGAAUGUCGUACGAGUAUCCAGAAUACUUUUUGGAUAUCCCUGACUUGGACAACGUCAUCAAGAAGCUGAUAAAUAUUAAUGUUGUUUCUGUUUGUAAGAUGACACAGUUGGUGCUGCCGGCCAUGGUAGAAAGGUCGAAAGGGGUCAUUCUGAACAUCUCCUCCGCCAGCGGCAUGAACCCCGUCCCACUCUUGACUGUCUACUCGGCCACCAAGACUUUCGUCGAUUUCUUCUCUCAGUGCCUCCACGAGGAGUAUAAGAGAAAGGGCAUCUUUGUGCAGAGUGUCUUGCCCUACUUCGUGGCAACGAAACUUUCUAAAAUCCGCAAGCCAACUUUGGACAAGCCCUCGUCGGAUACUUAUGUGAAGGCUGCCAUUCGAACCAUAGGCUUUCAGUCCCGGACCAAUGGAUACCCGAUCCAUUCUCUCAUGAAUGUUUUCAUCUCACUCCUGCCUUCUUGGAUGUACUUUAAAAUAAUCAUGAAUAUCAACAAGGCUACGCGGGCUCACUAUCUGAAGAAAGCCAAGAAGAACUGAGCAUUGAUCACCGAGUACCUUGGCCAGAUGCCCCUGCCUCUGCAUGUGUGCUGCACUGCACCUCUCCUCUCCUAACCUUGCAGUUGUCGUUUGAAUUGCUUACUAACAUGGCUACUUUGGGAGUUGCUCUGA